UGGCAGUCACGCCACACGGAAGCUCACAAGCCAAUCAGAAAGCAGCGUUGCAAUAAUCUGAAAGAUAUCCGAUACAUUUCUUGUUAAUGGUCUUUCUCGUUCACGGCUCUUAGUGGUAUUUAGAUUUUAUCACAAUGAAGUUGAACGUAUCAUUCCCGGCUACAGGAUGCCAAAAAUUAUUCGAGAUUUCGGACGAGCACAAGCUCCGAAUGUUUUACGAAAAACGAAUGGGAGCAGAGGUAGAAGCCGAUUCUCUUGGCGAUGAAUGGAAGGGAUAUGUAGUACGUAUUGCUGGUGGUAAUGACAAACAAGGUUUCCCUAUGAAACAGGGUAUUUUAACUAAUGGUCGUGUACGAUUAUUACUAUCAAAGGGACAUUCUUGCUACAGACCCAGACGCGAUGGAGAAAGGAAACGUAAAUCUGUACGUGGUUGCAUCGUCGAUGCGAAUUUGUCGGUACUUGCCUUGGUAAUUGUGAAGAAAGGAGAGCAGGAAAUUCCUGGACUUACCGAUACGCAAGUUCCGCGUCGUUUGGGACCAAAGAGAGCUAGUAAAAUCCGUAAGCUUUUUAAUCUUACAAAGGAAGAUGACGUACGUCAAUUCGUCGUUAAAAGACCUGUUCAGAAAGAAGGCAAGAAAGAACGACUAAAGGCGCCUAAAAUACAACGUUUAAUUACUCCAUUGACGUUACAGAGAAGAAGACAUAGGCGUGCAUUGAAAAAGAGGCGUUGCUUGGCACGCAAGGAGCAAGCUGCUGAUUAUGCUAAGUUGUUAGCUCAAAGACAAAAGGAGGCAAAGAAUAGACGCAAAGAAGAAAUUAAACGAAGACGUAGUGCUUCUAUGCGUGAUUCCAAAUCAUCGAGUCAAUCUGCGCCAAUAGCAACGCAAAAGUAAAAGAAAAUUUCAAAUCCAUUGUAAGGAGUAUCUAUAAGGUGUAAAUACACGGUAUAUAUAAAUUAUAUAUACGUAAAUCUUAUAAAUUGCAUAUUCUGAACCUUAUUGAAUAUUUACACAGAUCUAAAUAAAAGUUUAUAGAUAAGCGGAACAAUAGGCUUAAACAGAAGGUCUAAAAGAAGAAAGGUCUAAAAAAAUUAUAACUAACUUAUAAAUUAAUUUUAAAAAUACAUUGAAAUAUGCAACUAUUCGAUUAAUAUUUGCGAGAUUUACAAUUAGAUUUCAAUAUAUCGUGAGAUUUUUGUUUGUGAAUAAACUAUUUUUGAAAAAAAACUUUUUGAAAAAUU